AUGGCCAAUACUACUCCACUGAUCUCCAGGGAGUUGCUGUCCUCAGUGAGGGACCAGCUCCUCUCCUCAGCCAAACAACAUGAACAAGAGCACAAAGAGACCAUUAUGCUCUCCCCUCCACUACUCCCAAGCCCUCCAACCAAACCGACACCCAUCACACCCAUCACCUCACCCACACACACCUAUCCUCUGCUAGACGAGUUGCUAGGAGACAUCCGACGAUCAUGUGGUACUAGUCUAGCAUCCACACCGACUGCCAUUAGCUCCGACGGGGACAAGGCGGACAGUGUGUUUGAGUGUCGAGUGAGGCGGUCACACACAGAGCUCAACUCUUUAGAUGUGGUUGAGCUGCGUGGUAUGGUGGGUACCUUGAGUCACGAAGCAGACUGCGUGUCGGCUCUUCUAGUCAAGCUCCUCAGAUCUCGAGACAGGAACUCUCAUAGGCUUCUCAAACAGUGCAACAAGCUCUCACUCGUCCUUAAAGACUUCUCAAAACAAAGUGGACUCUUCGGUGACCUGACAUUCUCUCUGUCCCCUCCUGUUGCUGCUAGCGACCAUCAGCCAUGGCUAAAUGGUUGGAAGGCUCUCUCUAGACUGCCCAAGGGAAUACCCAAAUUCUGGAGAAGAAUACUUUGGUGUGAGCUGGCGUCACUAGGCACUGUUGAAUUGGACUGGGACUCUGUGACUGCAGUGGCCUUCAGUGAGUUCUCUCAACCUGGGGACGAGGCACUCGGCUCACAGAUUGUCAAGGACCUACAUAGAACUGGCAACACUGGUUUCAGCACUGAACAAGAGCAUGCGGUGCUGAAACGAGUGCUACUCGCGUAUGCCCGUUAUAAUUCCUCCACUGGCUAUUGUCAAGGUUUCAAUGUACUGGCUGCUCUCAUUCUAAAGGUGGUCAACUUUGACGAGCUCCGUGCUUUGAAGGUGAUGGUCUACCUGAUUGACUACAUCCUGCCAGAGAACUACUUUGCUCAGAACCUGUAUGCCCUCUCUGCUGACAUGGCCGCAUUCAGAGACUACCUCAAACACUUCCUGCCAGAGCUCAGCUCACAUAUUGAGAGUCUGCAGCGAGAGGCCUCAGGGCUAGUGAAGAAGGCGUACUCCUCAGAGAACCCUCCCGACAGUCAGAGUAUCCAUGCCUACGAGCCACCUCUAGCCGAUGUGUUCACCAUGCAAUGGUUCCUCACGCUCUUUGCUACCUCCCUCCCUCGCAAGGCGGUACGUCGUGUAUGGGACCUUGUUCUCCUGGAGGGUUCUGCGGCUCUCAUACACACGGCAAUCGCAAUACUGGCUGUACUGGAAAGGGAGCUCUUGCAGACAGGCACAGCUGCUGACUUCUACACUGUCAUGGCUCAGUUUGGGGAGAAACUGCGACGAGCUCAACUCCUACCAUCCUCUGAGUUCAUUCAGAUUGUGUAUGCCAUCCAAGACAAUGCCACUUCUCCCAACUCGAACAUACCCUCCAUCUCCAAGCUACGCGAGAGGUACACUUACAAUAUCUGUCCAUGGGCAAUCAGCGAUGAGGACAGUCCACAGGAGCUUAGUUGCAAGAAGGCGUGUCCCCCUCCGAGCUGUGGGGGGUCUCUGUCUCUGGGAGAGGUCAAGCAACAAAAGCGACCCAAGACACGGCCGGAGGAAACAGGAGAAAUUGCUGCUACUAUGACUGAUUUCCAGAAUACCUACUCACGAACUGGAGACACUCUGAAUGAACAGAUGAAAGUUUUGAGGGAACACUACAGUCACACAGCCAGACAGCCACAGAGUGUUCAUUGCAGUAUGAGUCUAGUGCCCCCUCAAGCUCGCAUUGUGUGUCCACAGACCAAGAAAGCCGUCCUCUCUCCCCACAACACUGUACUGUCGUAUGGUGCCGAUGUCCCCGACUUUGUAUUAGAGAGAGGCAAGUUCCUGAGUGGCUAUCACUGCAUUGAGGAGCUGCAACAAGUCAAGAAGAGAGUCUUCACAAUUAACUACAGUCAACCAAGAACAGAGGAGCUAAUGUGUGUGGGGCGCGACCAGGUGGGGAGUCAGAGGUCAGAUAAGAGGAGGCGCUCUCAAGCUCGAGAAGAGGACUGGUUUAUUAGACAUACCAUUGGACACUCGUUGCCAUAGCCCCAGCCUCAAAAUCAUUUUACCCAUGUAUCAUUUAUAGUAAUAGGUUCCGACCAAAUUGUGAUAUUUUUUAUUGUGUACAAUGAUAUGGACAAAUUAAUUGAAUUUAACACAA